CAUUCCAUUCCUUUUGUUCUACAGGUGCGAGGGGAGCCUGAGUACCAGUACCUACAAAGUACCCACAAUCCAUUUAAGCAGUCUGUGUAUUUGAUACGACUUGAUGUGAUUUUCGUUGCUACACAAAGUUCUUUACAAUUUUUAAAUCGUAAAGGAAACUAUAAGCCGAGAGAAAAUGACAUCACAGUAUAGGGUUUGUAAUAAUUGAACUACCGGUUGCAUAAAAAAGUUAAUAACGGGAUCUUUCUGUCGCUAAUUUUGACCUUCCUCUUUGAAGGUGGCUGAUUCAAAACGUGAGGAGUUCAGAAAGUACUUGGAAAAGGCGGGAGUUAUGGAUGCCUUGACGAAAGGUAACUUGGUGUUAUUAAGCACAUAGACAAACUUGGAUUGUACGGCGUUUUACUUAAGUGUUAAUGUUUUGUGUCGACAGUUUUGGUCAAUCUGUAUGAGGAGCCUGAGAAACCAGCCAAUGCAUUGGAGUAUCCUUUUGAGGUUGUAGUAAUUUGAAGCCCGCUUGAAUAUUAAGCUUAAGCUUAACUAAUCCAUAAGGUUAAAUUCUCGCAGAUAUAACAGCUGACAAACCAGAGACAAGUUGGAGGGUUUGCUACCAUAACCUUUACUCUUAACCCUACUAUGCAUUCCGUCUAACUUGGCUAUGAGUUGUAUUAACUGCAGUCUCAAUAGAAACUGUUGGGACACUUUGCUGUCUUCUUGCCAUGUUGGUGUGCAAGAUUUGGUGAGUUAACUGCGAUAAACUGCAUUGGGAGGACGAGGAGAUGGGCCAGAGGCAAAAAAAAUACAGGCAUUGGGUGGAAGUGUCCCAACUAUUUUUGUCUGAGACUGUAGCAUACCUAGAUAUUUACACAAAUUGAAGCUUUGUUUAUGGUGGAAAGUGUGCUUGGCUUAUCCAGCUAGUUUACAGGCACUCCACUCAAGUAAUAAAAAACAAUAAUUCAGAUAGUAUAUGACAGGAUUAAAAAACUCAAUUGACAGAAGGCAACCAGUUGGUUAUUUAUAAAAAGAGUGGCUGGGGGGUUGAACUUUGUGGUGAAAUAUUUGUUUAUUAUUCAAGUGUGAAAUUUUAUGGCUGGCUUAGAUGCCAUAGUUCAUAUGAGCCAAAUCAUUUGAAUUUAGGCCUGCUGAAUUGAUUUAAAAACAAUUAUAGCAUUUGGUUUGGCUCAUAUGAAGUUUGACGCCUGAUUUAACCCCAGUCCACAGCCAUCAUUCUCCAGCUCAUUGCCGAGCACAAAAUAUUUUUGGAGUUAGGUUAAUAUGUUAUCAAAGCCGUCAGAAACAAAAACCUUUCGAAAGGAAGCUAGCUUCAAAUUUUAAGAAAGUUCCAUAGGAAAUUUUGAUUGCCUUCAGUAAGGCCCUUUUAGGGUCAAAUUCUGACAAGCAUCAUGGCCUUGACUACUGGUAGAUGGAAUGGUGAUAUACAACAUAUAGGUUCAGGGUUCUCAAUAGAAUUAGGUGCAGUCGUUGCUGUGCUUAACUUACAGGUGUGACAAAUGGUAUGCCCCAAAUACUGCCCCCAACCCCCUAGCCCAUGGCUCAGCUGAGCAGAUAUCAAGCCCUGCACAUUUGUAUGUUUGGAGCCCGCAAUCCUAAUAUCAAGGUUGUUAUUACGCAUGCGUUGCAUGUAUGUAGCCAGCAUUCAUUUGGACUUCCACUAAGAGUGAAAGUAAUGCACAGAAUGCAAUUUGAUCACACACGUUUGAACCUUCUUUCACUCGCAAUCUAAUCCCAUGUGUUUGGACUAUCUGUCACUUGAAACUUGCGCAAAGCACAAUGAAGGAGAAAAAGCGUUUUGACCUUCUAUCGUUGUCACCUGUACUCCGUAACCUUUGGUUAUUACUAGUUCUUAAUAUUCUUGAUGAUCUAUUGAUUGUACUUAGUGUGGGUAGAAUCCUAGUAUAUUGUUUUUGGAGUUGAUAAUUGAUUGAAUUGCCAUCGCAUUUUGACUUUUUAAAGUCUUUUCUUUACUGUAAGGUCAUCUUUAGACUUUAUAGUUUAAAGUAAUGAGUCUUGUUUGAGAUUGUCAUGACUUAACAAUGUGCUACAAGCUUUAUGAAAGAACAUCUUCAUGGUGGUCCACCAGAGACAGCUGACAUUGAAGCCUUAAAAAAUGAAGUUUCUGAUUUAAGGCAGAAGGUCGAGCAGCUGACAGCAGAAAAUACAGAGCUAAAACAAAGGGUAGGUAUGAAAAUUUGUUAAAGUUUCUCUCAGGCCCUCUAUACAUGUUUGUCAGCAAUUAUGCAAGGCUAAAUGAUUGGCCCACAUUCCUGUGGUAAACUUUACAAUAAAAUAUUGUUCGUUGUUGUUUUGAAAACCUUGCAUAUAACAGUGUUGCAGUCUAAUUGACUGAAUGUCGGAGUUGACAGGGUUUGCUUUAUCAUCUAGGAACUGUUUCUUAGUACAUAGUGCAUUAAAUGCCUUUAAGGAAGGCUGUUCAAAGAUAAACUCUUUUAACAAACCAUAUGAUACAGUGAUGUAAAACUAUCAAAAUUCUGGAUCAUCAAGAUAGAAAUUAAACUUUCAAGGUAUCCGAAACAUUUUCAGAACUUAAUAUUGUUUUUUAAAUAAUUUUUGUACAUUAUGUGAACUUGCAUACAACAUAAAUGACAGUCUCUAUAAUAUCUGAAUUUAUUGUAUACAACAUCACAGGAUCAUGAGCAAAUCAGAGGUGAACCAUGACAGGCAUUUAAAUCAGGCUGCCACAUAAAUGGAAUUUGUUUUCUUGCAUGUCAUUUCCCUUAGACUGAACAUUACAGUAGGUUUUCUGCCCUUUCAUACCCCCUCUAAAACUUGUCAGAUGUCAAAUCUCUUAGGGAGUCUCCCCCACACCCUCAGUGUGCUUUCCAUUAAGAUUCAAGCAUAUCUCUUUUUAAAUCCAUAUUAAAUUGGAUUAAAGGGUUGUUUGAGGCAAGGUUCUGUCUCAGUAUUUUGAAGCUUUUCACUGUUAAUUUUACUCUUAGUAUUAUUUAUUGUAUGUUGCUUUGUACAUAAACUGUAUUAAAAGAUUCCAGUUAAAUAGAUUUCUACCUCUCCAUUAAAAAUGGUUUUUAGCCUGCAAAAGUGACCUUUUCAUGACAGUUGACAACUGAAAGUAAUUUAACCAUAACAGAUCAUAUCACUAUCCGAUACAAAGAAAAACAUUGAUCCAAAGCAACUAUCAUGGGCACCAGCUACA